AUGUUUAGAAACCGGUACGUUCACGAUGCACCUAGUAGCCCGACGAAGCAGAAGCCAACCUUAUACGUUUACUAUAGCAACAACGCUCAGAAGCCCGAUGAGGAGUUCAUCGGCCGCUUCCGACAAACAUUUUCUGAUAUAGUCCUCCGACGAGACAGCGAGGGUAGCCCAAAUGGCGCCUUCAUGAUGGAUGGUGGAAGGCCGACCGACAUGAAAAUCGAGGAGUCCGACUUGAAACAUCCAAAUGAUCAGACCCCACGGAAUUUGCAGGAGCUCAAUUUCACCUCCUCGUGGAUUGACCCCAGUGGCAUGCCCAUGAUGCCUCUCGCUAGCCAGUACCCGGGCUUCUAUACCCCCAACUCUGGCGGCAUGGGCGCAAUCUUCCAUAAUCAGGCGGGCGAUUUGCACACUCCUACCGUCGGUAUGAACAUGAUUACACCACUUUCGCUUUCGAACCCAAUGUCUGUCCAGCAGAGCCAAGGUCAAGGUCUCGAUCAAUUUAACCAGCAAUACCUUGGGCAGCAUGUGCCUGAGAUGAACCCCUACGUCCAGCCAGCAUCAUACGCACCCAGCGCGUUCAUACACAGCCGCGAGUCUGGAUACGAUGCUAUGGAUGAAUCUGGGGAUAAUUCUUCAAUGAAUGAGUUCCCUGUCGAUCAUGCUUCAACUAUCUCCACCUCGACCGACUUUUCGGGUGCCUCUGGAAUGCCAUACUCCCACGGCGAAAAGUUUCGUUAUAAUGUUGCUUUACGAGCACCAACCGCAAUGGUCAAGCAUAAGAGAGAAAUCCCAGUGACUUAUCUCAAUAAGGGCCAGGCAUAUAACCUCACUGUCAUGGACACAGGCCCGCCAAUCGUGAGCAACGAGCCAAUAAGAUAUCGAACCUUUGUCCGAGUUUCCUUCGAAGAAGACGAGCAAAGGCUUAAGCCUGCUUCUUGCUGGCAAUUAUGGAAGGAGGGCCGUGGCACGAACGAGGCGCACCAGCGCGGAGGCAAGCUCCAGGCUGUCGAAUACGUGGACCCAAUUCAAGGAGGCGAUGACCACAAGUCUCGCCAGAUCCGGGUGGAGAGCAUGUCUUUCGAUGGGUUCUGCGUUACUUGGACUGCGAACCCGGUUACGGGCGCUGCUGAUUGUGCUAUCCCGGUGCGAUUCAACUUCCUUUCUACCGAUUUUAGUCACUCGAAGGGUGUCAAGGGUAUUCCGGUGCGACUUUGUGCUAAAACUGAGCUUGUUUCACCGGGUGAAGACAGCGGUGUUUCGCGCGAUGCCGAGGUGGCUUACUGCCGAGUCAAGCUCUUCCGAGACCAUGGUGCCGAGCGAAAGCUGUCCAACGAUGUCGCCCACGUCAAAAAGACGAUCGAGAAGUUGAAGCAGCAAAUCGCACAGGCAGAGAUGGGGGGUGGCUUUGGCAAGCGCAAGCGUGGCAGCCAGGCCUCGACCAUUUCGAAGGGCUCUGACCGGAGUAUGAAGCCUACGAAGCACAAGCGCACAUGGUCGAUCGGUUCGCAGGACCAGCCGGAGAAGCUGUCUUUGGAGGAUGAUUUGCAGUCGAAGCUGUCUAUGAUGCAAGACAUGUUCUCGUCAACGAGGGUUGUGAGCAUCCUCGCUUUGCGCGGUGACGAGGAAGAUGAUCCCGAUCUGUACCCGGUUCGGUUGCCCGCUGAAAGCGACGUUGUGAAGAUGGAGCCUCUCAAUCGCCAGAAUAACGGUGCUUCUCAAUCCAUGGAAUCUUUGAUCCUUUCGCCAACCAGCAGCAAUUUCUCAGUGAAUUCACCACGAUUCAACGCGGGGCAAUUGCCUGGGAAGGACGUAAAGGGUCCAACUGUUAUCCAGCGUAGCUCCGAUGAUCCCAGGACCGGAUACAUCGAAGCUAUCGAUAUUGAUCCUACGUACCGACCCCCAGCGGACCGACCUCCCAAGCCGAUUGCCUGCUUCUACAUACGAUUCGGCGGUUCCGAGCAAAGUUACGACUAUUAUCGCGCCAUCUACCUGACGGAACGAACCGUCCGCGACCUAAUGAAGAAGAUUUCCGAGAAGCAUCACAUCGACCCAUCAAGAAUCGUCCGCGUAUUACACGUCAACAAACACGGAAUGCGGAUAAUGGUCGACGACGACGUCGUCCGCGAGCUCCCAGAAGGCCAGGACAUGGUUGCCGACAUUUGCGAAGCCGAUACCAGCACCAACGGCAUCCACAGUCCCUCGAUGGAAAUUAAAUUAACUUAUUAA